AUGGAUAUAACUGGAAAGCUAGGCACUCUAGAAGAUCAGCAGUACGUCAUAGUUACCAUUGACACUUUCUCGAAGUACGUUCUGUUCUACUUCUCCGGCAACAAGAACCCACUGUACCCAAUGUACUGUACAUUAGCUGCUCUGAAACGCACAGUACAUCUAUUCGGUACACCUAUUCAAGUAAUAGUUUAUGGAGGAAGGGAGUUCCUAGGCGAAUUCAAAAACUAUUGCGACCACACUGGAAUAAAUAUUCACGCCAUAGCUCCAGGAGUUAGCUGA